UUUCAGCCAUUCUCGUUUUAGUUUUCGAAAGGAGCAGACGUCCCGUGAAAAUAGUGCGUGCAUAAUAAAAAGUUUAAAGUGAAAAGUAAUUUUUCUUAAAUUCACCUCAGGUGCAUCGCUGAUCACCUUGAAAUAGCCGGGAAGAAAAAUUAGGUUCAACGUCAACUCGAAGUCAGUCGUCGUCGUCGUCGUAGCAACUCUUCGUAGGCAACGAAUCCGAAUCUGAAUCAACGUUCUACGUCAGCUCAUCGGCAUCUCCUUCAGUCCAAGUCCGACGAACCUAUCUGAACUCCCGAAACAGAAACACACAGUAAACUACAAAUAUGAGUGACAGUCGAGGAACACGCGUCUACGUUGGCAAUCUUACCGACAAAGUUAAAAAGGAGGAUCUGGAAGGAGAAUUCACUAAGUAUGGUAAAUUAAACUCUGUUUGGGUUGCUUUCAAUCCCCCAGGUUUUGCAUUCGUCGAAUUCGAGAACCGCGAUGAGGCGGAAAAAGCAUGCGACAUUCUGAAUGGCUCAGAAAUCCUAGGCUCACAACUCCGUGUGGAAAUCUCAAAGGGUCACCCAAGACAAGGUCGCCGAGGUGGCGGCCGAGAUUUCGGACGUCGCCAAGGCGGAGGAGGCGGCGGCGGUGGUGGAGGUUUCCGUGGCCCACGCAGCAGCAGCGGUGGGUUCCGUUCUUCUCGCGGACCACCCGGUCGUGGUUACAGCCAAGAUAAUGGCUACAGUUCAGGAGGCGGUCGACGAGGUGGCAGCGGCGGCUACGGUGGUAGCAGUCGAGACAGCGGCGGUUUCAGUGGUCGACGUGAUGGUUUCGGUGGGGGUGGUCGCGAUAGCGGCCGUUCCUACGGCGGUGGUGGUGGCGGAUUUAGCAGCGGCGGACGAAGUGGCGGUAGCGGUGGUGGCGGACGAUUCCGCUCCCGAUCACCAGCCGGUGGCCGAAGAUUUUAAGCUAUAAUCUACUCAUUUAACUAUAAUUAUAAUAUUAUAUACACUAGACAUUGCUGUAUGACUAAAUACGUUUUUGAAUUAAAUCUUACUGCAUUAAACAAGAAACAAAACAAAAUAAAUAGAAAAAGAAACAGAAACAAAAAACGAAAAAUCCAAUAAAAAAAAAGUAAAAAUGAUGCCGUGUGUGUGUUGAUGCGGCGAGUAUUUUAGAUUUUAUUUCGUAAAUGUUAGGUUUUCGAAUGUGAAAAUGCAUAAAAGAAAAAUUAAACAUUAACCAUGUACGAAAAUAAAAUUAUCUUCUUUUUGUUUUUUUUUACUAAUAUUUUGCCAAGAAACGAAGAUUGAAAGAAAUUUUAGAAAUAAAGUAUUUUAAGUAAAAAAACAAACGAAAAUGUAUUGAAAAGUGUAUUUCAAUCGAUAUAUCUGAGACUUGGAUACUUUUAAGGGAAGAAGUAGAAGAAGAAGAAAGAGGUGAAUGGUUUUUCUUUCUAAUUUUUGUCCAACUCUGAAUUAUUUGUCGUACAUCCACAUAAACAAGACUAAGCAGAAUAAAUGAAAUAUGUAUUAUAAAA